GUAAAGUACAGCGGCAAAGAGCAAACGUAAUACACCAAAAAAGUUUAGUUCUUUGUUGUAGAGGCAAAAGUGGUGCAGACGGGGCCAUACAUAAUUGUAGAAAAUCGAUAAGUGGUUUUGUCACAGCAACGCACGUGUUGAGGAGCCAGACAUUGGACUGACAUUGUCACAUAUGUAUAGUACAUAAAUGGUUUAAGUGCAGCGCGUUAUGGAGCAGGCGUGAGAGAGCCAAUCACUUGUGAUUGUCUGACUCACCAAACAUUUGGAAACCGAAAUGCGCCACUUUUAUCGCUGUGUUCUCUGCCAAUUGCUAUUGAAACUGUUUGCGGCAGAUUUAGUGGUGGAAGCGAAAGUGGCGACAGUAGUAGCGGUAAUAUUGGCAGUCAAUAGAACAGUCAACGCAGUGUAUUCUACGCCUGUGGUUGUGUGCAUUUAGUACAGUGGACACGCAAAGGAUUAAUAAUUGUACGUCAGUUUAGCGACGCUUAUAUACUAGCAAUACGGGUAACAGAGGCUAUAGCGUACUUAGUAAACACUAUACAAAUAUGUACAAACAAACUUGUACGAAUCUGCUGGAGCAACCGCCGGAGAAGGUCAAGGAAUGGCUGAACGGUUUCGACGCUGUCAUCACCGAUUGCGAUGGUGUGCUAUGGGUUUACAGCAAUGUCAUCGAAGGUGCUGUGGAUACAAUGAAUCGUUUUAAAACGAUUGGUAAAAAGAUAUUCUUUUGUACCAAUAACUCCACCAAAACACGCCAACAGCUGCUUGAGAAAUCGCACAGCAUGGGCUUCGACAUCACAGCCGACGGCAUGAUCUCUUCAGCGCAUUCAACCGCUGCAUACCUGAAGGCGCGCAAUUUCCAGAAGAAAGUGUAUGUGAUAGGCGCCGGCGGUAUAACGGGCGAACUGGAUGCUGUGGGCAUUAAGCAUAGCGAUGUGGGUCCCGAUGUAAUGACCAGCACAUUGGCCGAUUAUCUGGCGACCAGCUUUAGUAAGGAUCCCGAAAUUGGCGCUGUGGUUGUGGGUUUCGAUGAACACUUUAGUUUUUGCAAAAUGAUCAAAGCCGCUUCGUAUUUGGACAAUCCGGAGUGUCUGUUCAUUGCAACAAACACCGAUGAACGCUUUCCGAUGCCCGGCAUGGUGAUACCCGGUUCAGGUAGUUUUGUGCGCGCAGUGCAGACAUGUGCCGAACGUGAACCCUUUGUAAUUGGCAAACCAAAUCCAAGCAUUUGUGAGUGGUUGAUAAAUGAGGGUACAAUUGAUCCGGCGCGUACACUAAUGAUUGGUGAUCGCUGCAACACCGAUAUACUGUUGGGCUAUAAUUGCGGUUUCCAAACGCUGCUUGUCGGCACCGGCAUACACAAGCUGAACGAUGUGGAGGCGUGGAAGCAAUCGGAUGAUCCCGAACAGAAGAAACUAAUACCCGAUGUCUUUUUGCCCAAAUUGGGCGAUUUGCUGCCAUUUAUGUAGUGUUAGUUUUAGACAAUAACAUAAAUAUGAAAUCAAUCCCCACAACUGCCGGU